AUGGUUUCUGUUGGUUCAAAAGCUUUACCUUCGAAGAGACCUAGAAUCCGUAAAUCAGUGGAGGACAGCUUGAUGGGUGAGGAUGAUAAAUCAUAUAAACUUGGUUGGAAGAAAAACAACUUGAGCAUGAAGGCCAAGAAAGAAAGUUUCGGUCUUGAUGCUAAUACUUCCAAGAAAAAUGUAUCUGGGCGUGGCUAUGAUGGAACAGCAAAGUCCCACAAAUCUUGGAAGCAUCAUAGUUCAUCAGAGCCACAAACAUCGGUUGUUAGGAAACAGGUUGACCCUGAUUUAGCAAAAUACUUUUCAGAGAUUGCAAAUCUUUUUGAAAGUAAUGAGGCUGAUUUGGAGGAGCGAUCAGUUUUAUGUCGUAAUGCCCUUGAGGAAACUAGAGGGAAAGAGUUUGAACUUGCAACUGAUUACAUCAUAAGUCACACUUUGCAGACACUCCUUGAAGGCUGUGAUGUGGACCACCUUUGUGGUUUCCUCUGAGGCUGUGCAAAGGUCUUUCCUGCUAUUGCUAUGGAUAGAUCUGGAUCUCAUGUGGCCGAGACAGCUCUCAAGUCUUUAGCUGUGCAUCUGCAAGAUGAACAGAACUACUCUGUUGUCGAAGAGACUCUAACUAUGAUAUGCAAGGUUAUUGUUAGCAAUCCUGUCGAUGUGAUGUGUAAUUGCUAUGGAUCUCAUGUCUUUUGGAGUCUUUUUUGUCUUUGUAAAGGAGUACCAUUAGAUUCCUCACAAUUUCAUCGUGCAAAGCCGUCAGUUGUUCUUGCGAAGCGGUUAAAUUUGAAUGCCUUUUGAUUAUCUGGAAAUGAUUUACCACAUCCCCACCCGUUAUUUUCAGAUUUAUUGAAGCUCCUUAUAUCAGGGAUAUUAAAAUGUUCCAAGAAAGACAUUAAGACACUGCAAACUGAUCAGUACAGCAGUUUGGUUUUGCAGACAGCUUUGAAGCUAUUAGUGGGGCACGAUGAGGAGUUGCUUAAGAUAAUUCCUGUACUUCUUGGCUGCAAGAAAGAGAAUGUUGUAGAAGGAAACUUCAUAGAGAUGUCUGUUGUGAGUAGCAUUGUAGACUUGAUGAAAGAAACUGCAUAUAGCCAUUUAAUGGAGGUAAUUCUGGAAGUGGCUUCCGAAAGCUUGUAUAAUGAAAUGCUCACAAAAGUUUUCAGAAAUUCGUUGUUCCAUCUUUCAUCACAUCAGUGUGCAAACUUUGUUGUUCAAGCAUUGAUUUCCCAUGCAAGAGAUCAAGAUCAAAUGGAGUUGAUCUGGAAGCAACUUGGUACAAAAUUUAGGGAACUUAUUGAAAUGGGGAGGUCAGGGGUAAUUGCUGCUCUUAUUGCUGCAUUUCAAAGACUCCAUACUCAUGAGCAAAAGUGUUGUCAGGGUCUUGCUGCUGCUGUAGGUUAAACGAAUGAGUCCCCAAGAUCCAUCGUUCCGCGUAUCCUGUUUCUUGAAAGUUACUUUAGCUGUGAAGACAAGUCAAAUUGGAAUUGGCCAAAUGGUUUUAAGAUCCAUGUUAUUCGUUCUCUGAUUCUGCAAGCAGUUUUUAAAUUUCAAAGUGAAUUUACACAGCCUUACAUCACUAGUAUCACAUCCAUGGAAGCUGAUCAUGUCUUUGAAGCAGCAAAAGAUGCAGGGGGAGCACGAGUUAUUGAAGCCUUUUUAGGUUCAAAUGCUUCUGGAAAACAGAAGCACAGAUUAAUUCUGAAGCUACGAGGACACUUUGGAGAGCUUUCAACGCAUUCAUCUGGUUCAUUUACUGUGGAAAGGUGCUUUACAGCUGGUAGUUUGUCAUUAAGAGUCAUAGCAUUAGCAUCUGAGUUAUUAGCGGUGCGAACUGAGUUAUCCAAGACAAAACAAGGCCCUUAUCUCUUGAGGAAACUUGACAUGGACGGAUUUGCUGCACGGCCUGAUCAGUGGAAGUUGAAACAAAGCUCUAAGCAAUCAACUUACAAAGAAUUUUAUGCAACAUUCGGCUCAAUUGAAACUAAAUCAUUCAAAAUGGGUGCUGAUCCUUCCAAGCACACGCCUCACUCCCUAGAUAUAAAAAACAUGCGGAAAGAGAUUGAUCAUUCCCUCGAUUCUGCUGUACCAUGUUUGGACAAGGCAGACAUGAAGUGGCACCCAGAGAAAGAAGAGCAGCAAACUGGGAAAUAUGCCAAACAUGCAAUGGCUGAUGACAUCUCAAGAGGCAAAAACAACAAGAAGAAGAAGAAUUUAGUUGCUUCUGAGCAUACUGGUGCAUCUGGUAAAGGAGCAGAAAGUGCAGUAAAGCCAUUUCUCUGUGAAGACAGAUCAGUAAAGAAACGACACAGAAAGGAUAGGCUAUUGAAGUCUUCAAAGAAGUUAAAAGCUUGA